AUGAGUUAUUCGAACACAUACCAAGACUAUCUAAGAGAUAUUCCUAUGGAAAUUGGUCGAAGAUUUUACCCACCACCUAUAGUCAAUUUGCCAACGAUAGCGCUACCUCCGCCUCUGAACGAAAUCCAGUAUUCCUUCGAUGCGGAACGACGAGCUCGACAACAAUUUGACGAGGCGAACUCUUUGCCGGAGAUAAAGCCGGAACUUCCACCACGGGAUUUUACCAACGGGGUUUCUUCUACUGGUUCUCCUACACCGUCAUCUAUUUCACUGAUUAAUGAAGUUCUUCAACCCUGUGCUCCUCCACCGGCACCGAUAACCUCUGCCCAACCAUUAGCUCCGACAGUAAAACCGCUUAGUUUCGAGGAAUUUGAGGGUCGCGGUACCGUCUUCGAUGAACUAGAAUGGAGAACAAUAGACGACAAAUUAGCGCUAAGUCAGAUUUUGGGCAAUGCUAGUCUGGGGUCUCGUCCAGAAUCAGCUCCAGUCGUAAAUUCAACAUCUAAUGACCAAGAAAUUGGACUGAAACCUCUUCAUUCAUUGACAAAUGGUGCUAAGCCAACAACAACAGUGAUUCCACCAUAUCCCGUGCUGGACUUUGGCGUUCGGUCAAAGUCAGAGGAGUCAACCGUCGCUCUUACCUCAGUCGGUAAGCUAAGCACGGCUACAUUCAAUAAGCCAGUCAAUUCAGCUCCCAGUAGCAACGCUCCACAUUCGGCUCACCAUGAGUCGCCUUUACGAAUUCGUCUUCUCACGAAAGGCUAUCGUGAGAACCUCGUUAACGUGGCCAUGGAACGGCUUCCCAGGGAGCGACUGCCGCAUAUUGAGUACUACAUGAAAGGCAUGAGUAUACUGGAAAAGAAAGGCGUCGAUGUGGCUGAUACGGUGAAAUUUUUGUUGGAUAGCUGCUUAACAGAUAAACAGGCCGUUGUGCAACGAGCCCACACUGCGGAACAGCUGAUUGGCAUGGGAUUCACAGCCGAGCAAGUGUUCCCUGCACUUCUUUCCAGCCAAGGAGAUCGAGUAAAGGCUUUGGAUACCCUGCUCGGAUCGCGCUGA